GUUUUCUUUUCCUCUCCGACCCAAGCGCUUACUCUCCGGCGGGCGGGCUCUCCAUUUGAAUCCAAAGGCUGCGGAGAGCGAGAGGAUCUUUCCGUCUCUUCUCACUCGCUCAGCUCCUGAGGGGCUCUUCCAUGGCCACCGAUCCUGGGAUCCCCAAGGUGGAGGCGGUGGCGGUGGGAGGCGGCGAAGCGCCGUCGGAAGGCCGGAGGGAGAGCGAUCCGCCGCGCCUGGAGCAGAAGAAGGCCAGGAAGGAGAGGGUGUGCACCGCCAAGGAGCGGAUCAGCCGGAUGCCACCUUGUGCUGCCGGCAAGAGGAGCUCCAUCUACCGAGGAGUCACCAGGCAUAGGUGGACAGGCCGGUAUGAGGCUCAUCUUUGGGAUAAAAGUACUUGGAACCAAAACCAAAAUAAGAAAGGAAAACAAGUAUAUUUAGGUGCUUAUGACGAUGAGGAAGCUGCUGCUAGGGCAUAUGAUCUUGCUGCUUUAAAAUACUGGGGUGCUGGGACACUUAUUAAUUUUCCCGUCACGGAUUAUGCAAGAGAUCUUGAAGAGAUGCAGAUGGUUUCAAAGGAAGAUUAUCUCGUGUCUUUAAGAAGAAAAAGCAGUGCAUUUUCGAGAGGAUUUCCAAAAUAUCGUGGGCUUUCGAGACAACCUCAAAAUAAUCGGUGGGAAACACCUUUCAGACAGAUGCCAGGGGAUGAGUAUUUCAACAAUUGCAGUACAAGCAGCGAUGCAGCUACUGAUGGAAGAUUUGCUGGUAUUGCUGGCUUGGAGAGGAAAGUAGACCUGACAAGUUAUAUCAAGUGGUGGAUGCCCAAGAAGGCUCGUCAACCUGAAUCAGCCUCUCCUGUAGAAGAUGUUGGUCGUGAACUUCGAAUGUUAGAAUGCUCAGUGCAGCCAACAGAGCCAUAUAAGCUGCCUUCUCUUGGCCUUCCUGGUAGAGGUGAUGCUCCACAAAGGUUGUCUGCAUGUAGCAUCUUAUCUCGCUCUGACUCCUUCAAGAGUUUCCUGCACAAGUCAUUGAAUUCAGGAGAUAUCAAGGAUGAUGGUUCGCACAAAACGAUGGACCACGAAAAGUCCGUUCCCCUGUUGUAUUCUGGUUGCGGCCUUGGUAUAUCCGGAGUAAGCGUAGCAUUAAAUGAAUUGCCUGUACCAAGAACAGCAUACCAGAUGGCUCUUCUUUCUGCACCACUGAGGAGUAGCUAUCCAAUCGACCCAGCAUCGGAACCCCUACUGUGGACAAGUCCACCACCAUCUCAACAACCUUUGGGAGAACCACAGCUUAGGAAGAAUGAAAUGACUAGCUCUGCAUAUGCAUACCAAUGCCAGGACUGAGGCAUAUCAAGUUCUAUGAAGGCAUAUCCAACGUUAGAAAGAGCUGUGGACACUGUGGUCUGAAUGCGGUAGCACGUUAUAGUGAUUGUCCUUUUGAUGGUAAGCGUCAGCCACAAAUAUUGGUCAUAUUCUGUCUAUAUAUAGCAACAUCAUAUGUUAAUAUGAGCUGCUUCUUGAAUGGAGGUUUUGAGGUAUCCCAGUUGACAUGGCAGACUUUUUUUGUAGUAGACAGAUCUACUCUCCUGGGGUACUAAGAAUAAGCUACAAGAGCCAAUCAGUUAUUACUUACAUGGUACGUGUGCUUUUACCUCCUAGGACUUGAGAUUUGACUUGUUACGAGAAUAAUUUCCAUUGAAAUUGUAGUUGACGUGAAACAAUUAUGAUAUUUAGAGUGGUGUUCCAUAUAUUU